CUGGGCACGAGUGAGUCUGCAAUAAGUCGCGCAUGUGCAGUGUGUGUCUGAAAAAGUGAACCGAACAAUUUAUAAGAAGAUAACUCAACAGUUUUUCUAUAAAAAACACAUAUUUCUUUCAUUAGAAUCGCCUAGAAAUGAGCUCUAUAGGAACAGGGUACGAUUUAUCAGCAUCGCAGUUUUCUCCAGAUGGCAGGGUUUUCCAGGUCGAAUAUGCAAACAAAGCUGUUGAGAAUAGCAGGACUGCUAUAGCUAUCCGCUGCAAGGAUGGAGUGGUGUUUGGUGUUGAAAAGCUGGUCUUAUCCAAGCUAUAUGAGUAUGGUGCAAACAGAAGAAUAUUUCACAUUGACACACAUAUUGGCAUGGCAAUUGCAGGGUUAAUUGCAGAUUCUAGACAGAUUGUCGCGACUGCACGGGAAGAGGCUGCUAAUUACAGAUCGGUUUAUGGAUCACCCAUACCACUCAAGUACCUGGUCAACAGAGUGUCAGGUUUUAUUCAUGCCUUCACGCUUUAUAGUGCCAUGAGGCCAUUUGGUUGCAGCAUCAUGCUGAGCUCAAUGGGUCCAGAUGGUCCUGAGUUAUACACUAUUGAUCCCUCCGGGGUGUCUUAUGGUUAUCAUGGAUGUGCUAUCGGCAAGGCAAAACAGAAUGCUAAGACUGAGAUAGAAAAAUUAAAGAUGUCAGAAAUGACUUGCCAGGAGGCUGUCAAAGAAGUAGCAAAAAUAAUUUAUGUAGUUCAUGAUGAAGUAAAGGACAAGAAUUUUGAGUUGGAGAUGAGCUGGAUCGGUUCAGUUACUAAUGGCAAGCAUGAGUGUGUCCCUAAAGAUGUUGCCGAUGCAGCUGAGAAGUAUGCUAAGGAUUCGCUGGUAGAGGACUCAAGUUCUGAUGAAGAUGAAUUGUAGACACAGAUACCUAUUGUGCUAUUUUUGUGACUCAAAGCAAGAAAAAUGUGGUGUCUUUGUUAUUAGCCUCCCUCGAGCUAACUCUUUUUACCUUCUCUAUCUAGAAAUGAGUCAUGAAUAUCGGUUAAACCCAGACGCAUUGCAAUGCGAGUUAGCCUCAACCCUUUUCUCAUCACUCAACAUUAAAGCUUCUUGAUAUUAUAUCCUUACUAGAUGCCUUUUUAUUGUAUACAUAAUUAUUGUAUACAAGAAUUGUUCCCAAAGUGUAAAUGUUGUCCAGCAUUGUUGGCAAAGCAUUCUUAGCAUUAUUCAUGUGUACAAAAUAGGCAGUUGUUUGUUAUCAUGAGCCAUGUUUUAGCAUGUGUCCAA